AUGCACCAAUUCUGUUCCCUCGCCGACGAUGCGGGCCUCCCCCUCUGGAUGGCUGAGGCUAGGAAGCCUCUAGAGGACGAGAAGGACACCAUCUCCUUGACCCUGAGAUCUUCGAUCGAUCGAGUGCUUCCAGUCCGCGCACCAAAUGGCAAAGCUAGAGAGAAGCUUACGCAGUUACCUAGAAGGAUCUGUUUGCUUGCAGGCUGCAUAAAUCUGUUCAAUUCCUUCCGGGAGACCGAGACGUUGCAUACAUGUACUUUAUCUGUGGACUGA